AUGGAAAGACAACCAUGGGUGGAACAGUCACCGGUGGAACAGUCACCAGUGGAACAGUCACCAGUGGAACAGUCACCAGUGGAACAGUCGUGGGUGGAACAGUCACCAGUGGAACAGUCACGUGUGGAACAGUCACCGGUGGAACAGUCGUGGGUGGAACAGUCACCAGUGGAACAGUCACCAGUGGAACAGUCACCAGUGGAACAGUCACCAGUGGAACAGUCGUGGGUGGAACAGUCACCAGUGGAACAGUCGUGGGUGGAACAGUCGUGGGUGGAACAAUCACCGGUGGAACAGUCACCAGUGGAACAGUCACCAGUGGAACAGUCACCAGUGGAACAGUCACCAGUGGAACAGUCACCAGUGGAACAGUCAUGGGUGGAACAGUCACGUGUGGAACAGUCACCGGUGGAACAGUCACGGGUGGAACAGUCACCGGUGGAACAGUCGUGGGUGGAACAGUCACCAGUGGAACAGUCACCGGUGGAACAGUCACCAGUGGAACAGUCACCGGUGGAACAGUCACCGGUGGAACAGUCACCGGUGGAACAGUCGUGGUUGGAACAGUCACCAGUGGAACAGUCACCGGUGGAACAGUCACCAGUGGAACAGUCACCAGUGGAACAGUCACCAGUGGAACAGUCACCGGUGGAACAGUCACCGGUGGAACAGUCACCAGUGGAACAGUCACCGGUGGAACAGUCACCGGUGGAACAGUCACCGGUGGAACAGUCACCAGUGGAACAGUCACCAGUGGAACAGUCACCAGUGGAACAGUCGUGGGUGGAACAGUCACCAGUGGAACAGUCACCGGUGGAACAGUCGUGGGUGGAACAGUCACCAGUGGAACAGUCACCAGUGGAACAGUCACCAGUGGAACAGUCGUGGGUGGAACAGUCACCAGUGGAACAGUCACCAGUGGAACAGUCACCAGUGGAACAGUCACCAGUGGAACAGUCACCAGUGGAACAGUCACUGGUGGAACAGUCACGGGUGGAACAGUCGUGGGUGGAACAGUCACCAGUGGAACAGUCACCGGUGGAACAGUCACCAGUGGAACAGUCACUGGUGGAACAGUCACGGGUGGAACAGUCGUGGGUGGAACAGUCACCAGUGGAACAGUCACCAGUGAAACAGUCACCGGUGGAACAGUCGUGGGUGGAACAGUCACCGGUGGAACAGUCGUGGGUGGAACAGUCACCAGUGGAACAGUCACCAGUGGAACAGUCACGGGUGGAACAGUCACCAGUGGAACAGUCACCAGUGGAACAGUCGUGGGUGGAACAGUCACCAGUGGAACAGUCACCAGUGGAACAGUCACGGGUGGAACAGUCACCAGUGGAACAGUCACCAGUGGAACAGUCACCAGUGGAACAGUCGUGGGUGGAACAGUCACCAGUGGAACAGUCACCAGUGGAACAGUCACGGGUGGAACAGUCACCAGUGAAACAGUCACCGGUGGAACAGUCACCAGUGGAACAGUCGUGGGUGAAACAGUCGUGGGUGGAACAGUCACCAGUGGAACAGUCACCAGUGGAACAGUCACCAGUGGAACAGUCACCGGUGGAACAGUCGUGGGUGGUGACGAUACAGCCAGACCGUCUGGUUCCCGCGUCCUUCAUGGAGACUUCGCUCCGUCUCUAUCGGCAUCAUCGCUACAAUCAUCAUCGCUACAAUCAUCAUCGCUACAAUCAUCAUCGCUACAAUCAUCAUCGCUACAAGUGUCAUCGCUGCAAUCAUCAUUGCUACAAUCAUCAUCAUCGCUACAAUCGUCAUCGCUACAAUCAUCAUCGCUACAAUCAUCAUCGCUACAAUCGUCAUCGCUACAAUCGUCAUCGCUACAAUCAUCGCUACAAUCAUCAUCGCUACAAUCAUCAUCGCUAUCAU